AUGGUCACAGAUAAAGUAUCCGCGACAAAUCCCGGUAGCGUUGUAACCAUUGAAAAUGAUGGCGAGCGGUUUAAGCAUGCUUUUUUUUCAUUCGGGGCUUGUUUAUUAGGGUUCAAGCACGGGUGCAGGCCAUUACUUUUUAUUGAUGGAACCCAUUUACUAGCCAAGUAUGGCGGGAUUCUGCUAGGGGCCACAGCCAAAGAUGGCAAUGAAGGCCUAUUCCAUGUAGCAUUUGCUAUCGUCGACAAUGAAAAUGAUGAGAACUGGACUUGGUUUCUUACUACUCUUAGGGAGGCCUUAUACGGUAAAGAUACCUAUGAUAAAAUUAUAGCAUUUAUAUCAGAUCGAUCUAAGGGCUUAGUCAAUGCCAUCGCGCGAGUCUUCCUCUCAUCACCACAUGGUUAUUGCCUACAACAUUUGGAGGCAAACUUCAUGAAGACCAACUCUGGCCUCGGUAAAGCUUUUGCGAAUGCAAUGCUGGGCAGUAAUCGUCAAAAUUGCGAAUGUGAUGGUGCGAGAUGUAUUCGAAUGUGGCAGAGUCCUUCAACGCCUGGAUUAAAGAGGCAUGACAUCUACCAGUUUAAACUUAUGAAUAUGUUAGCCGAAAGACGUGAACAAUGCAACAACUGGGGUACACACCUUUGUCCUGAAAUACGAAAAAAGGUUGAGCAAAUAGUUGAUGAAAGUCAUUUCCUUAGAGUUGGUCGUUCUACUGAUGACACAUACGAAGUUAUUGACAAUAACAACAACGCGGUCGGCCUCCAGUCUCGUAGCGGUUCAUGUAGAAGGUGGGAAGUACAUGGCCUACCGUGCAAGCAUGCAUGUGUAGCGAUUAUGCAAAUAGACACAAAUAUCCAUUCUUAUGUUGCUGAUUACUUCACAGUGGAAUGGUAUCAUCGGGCGUAUGCAAAUCCAAUAUCCCCUGUUCCCGACAGUGACAAGCCAUCUGAUGAAAAUCGUCAACUACGACUUCGGCCACUAAUAUCAAUGAAACAGUCAGGACGUCUUAGAAGGGAGCGGAUAGGGUCACAAGCCUUCGAUGUCCGUGAAUUACAUUGUAGCCAGUGCCGUGAAAUAGAAGGCGGCCUCCUCACCUUGACUGUCCUUGUCCUUCUCUCCGGCUGGCUCCUCACCUUCUAUUUCCUGGGAAGCUUGGAUGUCCUUCUCCCCAGCCACAUUCUUCUCACCAUCGGUGGUGUCAUUUUUCACACUAGUGCUUGGUAUAAUUUUCCUCUUCAUCGCAUCGAGAAGUAUACGGGAGACAUAUCGGAGCCGAAGGAUUUGGACGUCUGA